CUUAGUCAUGCUUUGGUUAAAUUUUAACGAACCUUUCUCUCUCCGUUGAUUACUCGCUAGUUUGCUUUUUAGAUUGCAAUGAAAAAAUAUAUGUUCUUUGUUUUGGGAUGGUUCACGUUGUGUCUCGGGAGAGAACCUUUCAAACCCCGAGAAGGAUCGGUGCCUUUUAUGGUGUACUUCUUAUCCCACUAUCGCGGCAUUUGUAUGGGCACUCUCGUAUCUCGAACAGCGGUGUUAACAGCGGCUGUUUGCGUCGUGAACCCGGCAAUCCCAUACCACGACACUCGCCCUGUCAAUGUGAUCACCGCAACCUAUUAUAGACACCCGCGGCGCGGCAUUAGAGUGCAAGUUACGAAGAUAAUCAUACCCAAACUAUCCAACGCUACCGCUGAACGAGCUUAUAUGAUUCAAGAAGCACCCGCCGUAUUGUUACUGGCGCGUCAAGUACCGGAUGUUUUAGCAGAAAUUCCGCUUCGUGCUCUCCAGAUAGACUACAAUGGUGAAGAAAUAUUGUCACUACAUGAGGAAUGCUUAGCUGUGGGCUGGCAUUUCUUCUACAAAGGGGACAAGAUAUAUCCGACAAAUAAGUUCCUUCUACAACGCCAAGUCCGCACUCAGUAUCUUGUUAUAGCCAAGAAGAACGUUUGGUGCAACGCUAUAAAGCUCAGAUUUCAAAAGGCCAUGGCUAAUCUUGGGUAUAUGGGAAACUUUGAUAAGACUGCAACCGUUUGUCUCAAAGAUCCCGAAAGGGAAGCACAGCCCUGCCAUGGCAUGUAUGGUGCACCAUUGAUCUGCAACGGUAAGGCGGUGGGUAUGCUUAUGGCACCAGACGCACAGUGGUCCAAUUGCACAGGUUUUACAAGCCUCUUCAACAUCUUUAAAUCCGAUCAUAUAUCUUCAUAUAUGAACUGUAUUAGUUCACUGUUUAAGCCAGAACUCGCAAUGAAUUGGGAGAAGUUUAAAAAUAGUUUGAAAUACGCUGAAAACGAUCCUCAUUACGAUUACUUGCCUGAAAUGUACGACAAGGUUGUCUUCAGCUCGAGCAGUUCUGAAGAGACAUGAAAUGUUUAUUAGUACAUUGCUAAAUAUUUUAAAUAAAAUAAACGUCUCACUUA